CAUCCUUAAACCUAACCCUAAAACAGUUCAAAUUUGAAAAUACCGGUCAACAAACAACAAAUAGUAUAGUAGUUUAAUUUUUAAGAUCAAAAUGAUCACAGUUCGAUGUAUGGUUUGUCGUCGAAGACUCAAUACUACCAAAUCGCUAAUCGUCCACUACCUCAAAGGCCAUUCAAAACUGAAAAUCAUCAAACACCUAUUGAAAGUCAGUAUAAUCCAAUCCACGCAAGUCUUACGCAAUUAUUUACCAAUAAAAAGGCGAAAAAACAUCAGGAAACCAACCAGGAAAGUCCUCCUCAAUUCAGAAUCGCUCCAAACAGAAACUUUGUACCUGAAUGAAAACAUCAGGAUACUGUGUGGGCCCAAUGAAGUCAUCAUUGGAGACAGCAAGAGUAGUGUUGAUACGGAAUUUUCAUUCCAAGACUCUUCUACGGAAACCAAAAAGAAUAUGAAAUCCAGGAAAAGAGGGUCACAAGAUUUGGAUAAUGGGGAUGAUAAUAAUAAUGCCAACCCUAAAUGCCUUCAGAUUUCAUGUUCACCAUCAGCAUCCUCAGAAGGUAGCAAUUCGAGCCAUCCGAUUUACAAGCGAAAAAUCAAGCGCAAAAAGAACUUUCCCAAAAAAGCGCAACAGCGUCACUAUCGCAUAGACAUAACGAAACUCCAAAACGCUCAAUCGUUGGACGAAAAAAACGGCCACUUUUACACCUGCCAUUGCAGAGAGAAGAAAUACAGGGAGCCAAAUAAUGUUCUGCAAAAAGGCGAUCUGAGGAUCAUCACUUCCGAUACCGAAUCUUGUUCUGAUUCUGGAAAGUAUUCGUUCAUGCCGAUCGUCGAUACGAAGGUGUUUUGCCAAAAAUGCGGCAGUGGGUACAAGACGGAAGAAGAAUUGGUUGAUCAUAUGUACGUGCACGAGUCUUUCUGUCGACUUUGUAACAUCCCGUUCGCCUGCGAGUUCAGUUUCAAGCAGCACAUGCAACUACACGUCUUCAGGCUAUUCGUCUGUCACGUGUGCCACGCCGAAUUCCCCUUCAAGGACAUGCUGCUCAGACAUUUCGAUUGUCACGUGGAAGACAGGACGUUCGAAAACGUGCUGGACAUGGAGGAGGACUACAGGAUGUGCAGGUACAAUUUCAUGAGCAGAAACUACCGUUCUAGUAUCAACAGCAUUCUGCGAUUUCUAGGGGAUUUACCGGAUAUUUAUUAUUGUAGUUAUAGAUUCUCGAAAAUUGUCUGUGAUAUAUGCUACGCCGAAGUGUAUUUUUACGAGUACGAGAGGCAUUUGCAGAGCUGUCAUAACUAUUGAAUUCAUCAGAAACUGCGCGAAAUUCGUUCUGCUAAGCCUCAUUAAUCGAUUUCACUGUAUUUUUUUGCAAUAAUGAUGAAUCUAAUCGACGGCAGUUGAAGGAGAAUGAAAUGGUUCGAAUCUCUGACAUAUACUUUCCAAGAUAUCUUGAAGAAAUUAUAUCGUCCUGAUACAUUUCAACGCCCUGUACACUUCUCAACGAACCCUGCUUUGGUGAAUUAGGUAUCAACCUUGGAAGCUAUGUUGAUGCAAGGUUGUAGCAAAUACUGAAACGAACGUUCAGCAAUAUUGCAAGAGUGAAAUUUGUAAAUGUAACGUUCCAGCAAUGUCACAGCAACAUGUAAUAUUGCAGCAACGCUACAUUAUCAAACUUUACUUUUGCAAUAUUGCUGAACUUCCGUUUCAGUAAUUGCUUCAAUAUUGCAUCAAUGCCCUUAAUGAAGUCUUCUAGAGGAUGUGCAGGUACAAUUUCAUGAGCAGAAACUAUAGUUCCAGUAUAAACAGCAUACUGCGCUUUUUAGGGGAUUUACCGGAUAUUUAUUAUUGUAGUUAUAGAUUCUCGAAAAUUGUCUGUGAUAUAUGCUACGCCGAAGUGUAUUUUUACGAGUACGAGAGGCAUUUGCAGAGCUGCCAUAACUAUUGAAUGAAAAUCAAAAUUUAUCAGAAACUGCGCGAAAUUCGUUCUGCUAAGCCUUAUUAAUCGAUUUCACUGUAUGUUUUUGCAAUAAUGAUGAAUCUAAUCGACGGCAGUUGAAGGAGAAUGAAAUGGUUCGAAUCUCUGACAUAUA